CGAAAUGCGAGCAAACGGUGUUUAAGAAACCCUGGAAAUAAGAAAAUGAAAAGUGUUACCACGCAAAAAACCGAAUCACACAGCCACGAGGCAAGAAUCGCCAAAACGUCUGUUCAUAGAUGGAAAACAUUUCAACACCGCAGGGCAGCAAAAUGUGCCGAAAACCAUAAAUUUGCCAACAUCGGAGAGUCCAUCGAUGUUAUGCAAAAGGGAGCAAUGGUCAUAAAAUUACGAAGUUCAUCUAAGAAAUAUCCACGAAAGUUCUUCCUCGAUCAACAAUCUUUAAACAUCUGUUGGGCACCUUCCAAAAGAGGAGAUCGUGCGAAAAUUCCAUUAGCGUCUGUGAAGGAAGUUCGCGAAGAUUCCACAACGGAUGCCUUCACUCAGUGCCCAGAAGUUUACACAGAAAAUAGAUGCUUUUCUGUUAUCCAUGGGGACAACUUUUCGACGCUUGACUUGGUAUUCCAGACUCAAGAAGAAUUUUUGCAUUGGACAGUGGGUCUACGUUACUUGUUGGCUAAAAGAUCAGGAAUCUUUCCAGCUGAAGAUGAACCACUUCGGAGGCAGACCUCCCGAGAUCAAUGGUUAAAAGAAGUGUUCCUCUCAGCGGACAAAAGUGGAGAUGGUCUCUUAAGCGUUGAUGAAGUCUUUUCUCUGAUGCACAAACUCAAUGUGAAAAUAUCAAACAGGAAAUUGCGAGAGACAUUUAAGGCAGCAGACACUGAUGAUCAAGAUUCUGAUGGUUUACUGGAUUUCAACGAGUUUAUCAACUUUUAUAAGAGCAUCUCAACCAGAAGGGAGCUUUACCUUCUAUUAUUAAAAUAUGGGAACAGUAAAGAGCACAUGACGGUAGCUGAGUUAAGGAUAUUUUUAGAGAAAGAACAGCAGAUGAAAGAUGUGACAGAGGAGGACUGCUGCAAAAUCAUUCAAACUUACGAACCUGUACAGGAAAACAGAAGUGUAGGCAUUCUUGGAAUCGAUGGUUUCACAAGCUAUUUACUAGGUCCAGAGGGUGAUAUAUUUAAUCCAGACCAUUCCAAAGUUAACCAGGAUAUGACCAGACCUCUGUCUCAUUACUUCAUUGCUUCUUCGCAUAACACCUACCUACUGGGAGAUCAGCUUACAUCUAAUUCAAGUAUGGAUAUCUACGUAAAGGUUCUGCAGUCGGGUUGUCGGUGUAUCGAAAUUGACUGCUGGGAUGGAAAGGAUGGUGAACCUGUGGUUUAUCAUGGCUACACGAUGACAUCCAAAGUGAAAUUCCGUUACAUCAUUCUUAAUAUCAACGACUUUGCCUUCCUUCAUAACAAAUAUCCAGUUAUUCUUUCGUUGGAGAAUCACUGCAGUGUCAGCCAACAAAAAGUUAUGGCGAGUCUUAUGCAAGAUAUUUUUAAAGAUAAACUGAUCUAUGAGACAAGUUUGGAUAGAAAAGAUUUACCCUCACCUCAGAGUUUAAUGGGUAAAAUUCUGAUAAAGGCCAAAAAACUACCAGCCACUUUUGACCAAGGGUUAGAUGAAGGGGAAGUAACAGAAGAAGAUUCGGCCGAUGAAAUGGAGGAGGCUUUUAAAUUCAGAGAUCAUGAGAAUGCGGUAGAACAGAAAGCCAAGAAGCGCAAAUGGCGACGCACCCUUGCGUCCCUACAGCGCCUCCGUUUGAACAAAGAUGACGAAGAAAAUGACGCUCGUGGCGACCUUAGCUCAGCAAUUGUGACGUCCGUGGCUUUAGAAGAACCCAAUUCAGUAGGAACAUCAAAAGGCGUACCAAGGCUUGGAAGAUCGCUGUCUGCAAAAUAUGUCUUUGAUCAGCGUCCUCGUGAUCAGCCGGCAGAAAUAAGAAAAACACAAAGCUUUAGUGAGAAAGAUAAGAAAAUGAGUAGGCGAUCUAAAAAGGUUACCUCCAACGACGAGGAUUUCACAAGAAAAAUUAAGUUAAGCAAGCAGCUUUCUGAUCUUGUUGCCUACACGAGGUCAUCAGCAUUCAAAGGACUGGAUCUUAAUGAGAAUGAUACCCACUGUGAGGUGUGCUCAGUACCUGAAUCAAAAGCUUACAGAUAUGUCGACACAAAAGGCGAGCAAUUCGUGCGUUACACAAGAUAUAAACUUUGCCGAGUAUACCCAGCAGGUUACAGAAUAGACUCCAGCAACCCAAAUCCACAAGCCUUCUGGAACUGUGGCUGCCAACUAGUGGCUCUAAAUUAUCAAACAGAAGGACGAAUGAUGCAGAUAUACAAAGGAAAAUUCAAGUCAAAUGGAAAUUGUGGAUAUGUCCUAAAGCCUGACAUUAUGUGUGAAGCUGAACCUAACUUUGAUCCGAUGACAAGGAAGGAUGUAAGAGGAGUCAGGAAAAAGAUUUGUAAAAUACGGGUUAUAAGUGGCCAACAACUGCCAAAGCCAAAAGACAGCAUCUUAGGAGACCGUGGAGAGAUCAUUGACCCUUACGUGGAGAUUGAAGUGAUAGGUAUCCCAGCAGACAACUGUAAGCGGCGCACAAAAACAAUCAUCGAUAAUGGGUUCAAUCCAGUUUGGGACGAGACUAUCACCUUCGUUCUCACUUUCCCUGAACUGUCCAAUUUCCGUUUUGUCGUUUGGGACGAAGAUCCAAUUGGUAGAGAUUUUAUUGGUCAAGUUAGUUAUCCCUUUUCGAGCCUGAUGCCAGGCUACAGACACGUGCAUCUUGAAGGGAAUCAGCAAGCCUCCAUAUUUGUUCACGUUACAAUUGCUGAUUACAACGGAGAAAAGAUAAUAGAUAGCUUGGAUGUAUUCAAUCCAGAGAGAAGGUAUUCAGGUGGAGUGAAAUUUAAAAGGAGGCAGCGAAGAGACACUACUUUGUUCUAGGGGAAAAAAAAAAACAGAAAGACCAAUCACAGAGAAGUACUGGCAAGGAGUUCUUUGCGGUUAAAUGCUGGAUGCCUUCCUGAGCAGAGAUUUGUGAGCUGAAUGCUAAGGAUAACCCAAACGUUUUUAUCACGACCUAUUUACGAGCUGUGAAUCAUAAGAAACUAUCAAUAUCUAAGAUUUUGAUAUGUAUGGAAUCUGGUGACUAGUAGUCUAGACCGCAAUGUUAUUAACAUGCCCAGAAACAGUUAAAAAACACGUGCUCGAGUGCAUGAGAGAACCGCCAUGUCGAAACUUGUACUCGCUAUGUACUCGUUGUGUUGUUUUACUAAGCGUGGCCGCCCCGUUUUAUUCUAUCACUGUUGGAAGUUUCUGAUUAAGUAUUCGCUGAUUAAAGUCGAUCAAUUCAGUCUUGUAAUUUACACAAUAUGUACAACGAUGAUUUUGUAUUUUUUUCGAUUAAUACCUGUGUAGUUAACAAGAAUAUAUUUCUAAUUUACUCCAGGGUAAAUAUAAGGAUUCUAAGAAAAGUGAAGGAAGUCAGAGUUCCCUUUUGCCGUUUACAGUUGCUGUAUGCGUCGUACUUAAGCUCUGAUGAUGUCAUCCCUGACGCACUCUCUAAGAGAGUGUAUAUCUUUAUUGCAACCAGCUGCUGCAAACACUGGUAGUCUGUAUUUUGUCAACACGAUGAAUUAUUAACUUGAUUUCCUGAUUGACUUUGAUUGACACUAAGUUAUGCAAUUAAGCCACGUGAAUAAGUCUGCUUUCAGAUCAGAUGUUUUAGAUUCGAAGUUACGUUCACGUUUUACUGACCUGUCGCGCUGACCCGUAUUCUGUUAUACCCUGAUCUGUUAUAUCUGUUGCUGACCUGUAUACCGUGAAACAAUCCUACUAGACAUCGCCAAAAAAGUAAGUUAUCAGUGCUUUAAUUCUAGCUAAUAGUUUGACUCGUGUGUUUAUGUAUCGAUAGAUUCUGUUCAGAUUCUCAAAUGUAUUUCAUUCUUUUCUCUAGAUCGAAUAAUAAUAUACUGGAAUAAAUUAUACAAUUUGCGUAAGCUA